CCCUCAAACCACAUUAAUACCACUCCCGCUCUCUUUCUCUACUCUUAUUUGAAAAAUAAAAAACGCUGAAAAAAUGUCCGUCGUGGGAAGCUUGAUUUUCUGCAACGACUGCGGAACACUCCUCGACAGCGUCGUGUCCAGCAAAAGCACAAUCAGCUGCGCUCAAUGUGGUGCCGAUUACAACUCUGAGGAAUUCGCAAACUUGACUGUGACUACGAAAUCCUCAGAGUCGGCGUUCCCGUCAACCCUGCGACAGAAGCGAUCGGUCGUGAAAACCUCGCUGGGACGGGACGAGCAGAAUGAGGAGGGUGCUACUAUCAACGAGAAAUGCCCACAGUGCGGUAAAGAUGAGAUGCAGUAUUACUCCCUGCAACUACGAAGUGCCGACGAAGGUGCCACGGUUUUCUACACAUGCACCGACUGCGGAUAUAAAUUCAGUACAAACAACUGAAUGCUUCUGCUUCAUCUUUCUAUCUUCUCUUAAAAGUUAUUCUUCCAGAUUUUUUUGUUUAGUUGGCAUAUAGGCGUCGGGUUUGUUUUAUUUUCUUGUCUCGUCUGGUUAUGGAUAAGAAUAGUGUAAUUUAGUUGAAUAUAUAUAU